CGACGGAACGGAAUACCCCAAGAAGUACGACGACAGACAGCCAGACAGACAGCCAGACAGCGGCUAGCGCAGUUUCAUCAGAACUGCUUGAUGUGAGCUUCUCUUCUAUCCUCCUUAUGUUCCCUUUUCAAAAUAAUAAAAUUUUAUCGGACAAGUAAAGUACAGUGAGGUAAGAUGUAUUGCGGUUCAGAGGUAAUGCUAUCAUACAGAGACGAGAUUGCCACAAAAGCGUUACCACGAGCUACCUGUAGCUUCGAGUAGAGUAUGUAGGUAGGUAGGUAGGUAGGUAGGUAGGUAGGUAGAUAGUAACACACUGAAUUCGAGAGUCAUCUCAUCAUAAAUCGUGGCAAGGUCUAGCUGCUGUGCUGGCAAUGUCGCCAGGACCUGAGGCUGCGAAUCUUUCGGCUUCGAUGUGAUGAUUGGAAACUCUUUGGAUAGGAUAGGUACCUAAGGUAGGUAGCAACGUUCUAACAGUCGAGAGCGGAUCCCACCGCUAUCGUUCGCCCGAGGCUUAGGGUGAAUCCUUGCGCGAGAUCGAGAUGUGGUGUGGGGUACUGUGAUAUCGAUCGCAGUAACCCGGGGGUCUCCACAAUCAGACGGCAUUUGGUUAUGGACUGGGUAGAGAACUUCUGCUUGUCGAAGGUCAGACGUGACUGUGGUGAGGUACUCAACCAACUCACCCCAGACAUGGCCGUGUAGGUGUUCCGAGGUGCUGCGUUAUACCCAACAAUGUUGCUGGUCCAAGUCUGCGUGGCUGAGCUUGGGAAUGAUCGAUUGGCGAUAUCGUCCCCUAUGACCACAGAGCGCUGGGAUCAGGUACGACUGUGGCGUACGGUGAAGCCUGAUGAUGCAGUAGAGGACCAUCAUUCGAGCGGCCGUUUGAAGCAGCCCGAAGCCUGAAGAUAAGAACACUGCAGGUUGCCGAGUAUCCGAUUUGGUAGCUUGGAUUCAGUGACCGAAUCAUCAAUGUAGUCAAAGUGAUGAAUGGUUCGACAUGAUGCUCAUGUCGUCUGAAAGCCCACUCUGAUACCAGGGACACCCAAGGACGAGCGCUCUCUCUGUCAGAUGCCAGUGCUACAUCUUAGCGAACAAUCUUGCUAUGAUCGAAC